UGACAUUGUCUCUCUGCAAGGACUCUCUGGUUAUGGCAACUUCCAAGGACAAUCAAGAGUAUAUUCCCCACUCAAAGAGAUCUUAAAGAAUAGAGUACAAGGAAGGAGCUUCAAUCAACAAUGGUUGAACAAUUCCCCAGUCCAAUCUUUGCAGACCAUCUUGCAACAGAUCCAGCAACAACGUGGACUUCAACAAGAAUUAUUGGGACAAUACCAAAACUUGCCCCAACAAUAUUUGAACGCUGAAUAUCUCCAAAACCAAGACAUUGGUACCAACCAAAUCUUAAACCUCAUCUACAGACAACAACAACAACUUGGACAAGGCAGACCAGUACCACUAAACCAAUACCAAGACAUUGAUACCAACCAAAUCUUAAACCUCAUCUACAAACAACAACUUGGACAAGGUAGUGCUUACCCACUAAACCAAUACUUGGUUAGCCAAAGACAAGUUAAUGGACAACAAAGACUCACCGUUCCUGAACAAUUCGUUAACCAAGAAGUGUUAAAUCAAGUAUACAGCGAACAAUCCUUAAUUAACCAGAGAGCACAACAACUUGUAGAACAGAACCAACCAAUUUCUCAAGAAAUAUAUGUCCAACAGUAUGGUUUGAACAAACAAGUAGAUCAGCUUAUCCAAUCAUUGGUAUAUCACCAAAAUGUGAUCUCUCAACAAGUUGAGCAAUUCAUUCAACAAGGACAACGUCUUCCCCAAGACUUGCUUUCCCAACAAGUAUUAGUCUACCAACAAGUUCGCCAAUUGAUUAAAGUUUUGAGCACCCAACAACUUAACAUGAUCAACUUCAUCCAAUACCUCGUUGAACAAGGUAAUCAAGUUGAUCAACAAUUGUACGCUGUUCAAAGAAAUUUUUACCAACAAGUCCAAAGACUUGUUCAACAGGUAGUUCUUCAACAAUCUCAAAUCAAAGAACAAAUCCAGGUACUUAUCCAACAAGAACAAACUGUUCCACAAGAACUAGUUUUAUUCCAACAAUUGGCCUACCAACAAGUUGAACAAUUCAUCCAAGUAUUGAUCAAGCAAUUCAUCUACCAACAAGCUAGCCUUAGACAAUUAGUUCAAGUUUUUGUUCAACAAGGUCGUGUUGUUCCCCAACAACUUGUUUCCAGCUACUUCCUGAUCUACAAACAAUUGGUCCAAUUGGUUCAGCAAGGAGAUCUUGUUCCUCAAGAAUUAAUCGCUCAACAACAACUGAUCCAUCAGCAAGUUGUACUAUUACUCCAAAGAGGAGUUUUGCCCCAACAAUCAGCACUUAACCAAUUGGUCUCUCAAGAACAACAGUUGAGCUUGAGACAGCCACAAAUCUACCAAAGAGUACCACGUGUGUACUAAAUUUUGUUUUCUUUUUAUUAUUGAUUUUUGAGUUUUCAUGUUAAUUUUGAUUGUUGUUUUCGAAUAAAUGAUUAUCUGUU